AUGCCUAUAUUUUCCUCUGCCAGCGACAUCCAGUUCUACUACGCCGACAGCGGUGUACCUAGCAUAUCUGACUACACAACGUACUUUAUCGUCCAUGGUCAUUCUUAUCAUGCAGGUCAGCAGUCCUUUACUGCCAAUGCAAAAUCUUAUCGUUUGCUCGUAGGCAUAUUUCAAAGACUGCUUCCUGUUGCACGUCAACACUCCCACCGAAUAAUCGCAAUCAAUCGUCGCGAAUACCCAAAUUCUACUCCUUACACCUCAGCCGAGCUAAGUAUCUUUGCUCAGGGGUCGAACGAAGAACGUUCUCGUCUACUACUCGGUGAAGGGACACACUUAGCCCUUCUUUUGGAUGGACUCGUGCAGUCACUUUCCCUACCGCCUAACAUAGUAAUAAUUGGUUGGUCGUUGGGGACUAUAUUCACCCUGUCUAUGUUGGCCAGUAUCACAUCUCUCUCGCCAUCUGUACAGGCAAGACUGAGAGGUUCCGUGAAAAAGAUGAUCAUGUGGGAACCUCCUGCCCACUGUUUAGGCGUAAAGCUUCCACCGGCAUAUAUCCCUUUGUUGGACGAGAACUUGGCACCUGAUGUGAGACCUCUUGUAUUCAGGAAGUGGGUUGCUUUGCACUUUCAUCAUGGGGACCUGUCACUUCGACAUGACAUGUCGCAAAUUGACCAGGGAAAUGACAAUACCAGAAGGACAAGCCCAUUUGAUGCAACUUCCCCCGAAGAGCUGGCUACACUCACCGACUUGCGACCUGGAGCUCGAUGCGAUAACUAUCUUAUAGCGCCUACAUUCAUGGAUGUCGAACGCAGUAUCGUCUACAAGGCACUGUUCGAUUCCACAACGCGUUCGACUUGGUCUGGUAUGGAUGUCUGGCAUCUGGUUGGGGAUAAGGCAACACAUACCGUGCAUAUGGCAACUUGGUACUUAAAAGACCAGGUGGAGCUCGCUGGAACUCCCCAUCCUGCUAUUAUAUUUGCCGAAAAUCCAGGAGCCAGUCAUUUCUAUAUGUGGGAGGACCCCGAAGGGGCCAUGAAAAAACUAGAAGCACUCACUCGUCCGUUGACUUGUGAUCCAUAG